GAGAAACAAACACAAAGAGCAAAGCUAAUCUCUCAGAAGUAAAUCAAUCAUGGGUCAAGGUCCAUCCGGAGGUUUAAACCGUCAAGGAGACAAGAAGCCCGAUGGCGGCGACAAGAAAGAGAAGAAGUUCGAGCCGGCGGCGCCACCGUCUCGCGUCGGGAGGAAGCAGCGUCGUCAAAAAGGUCCAGAAGCGGCGGCGCGGCUCCCUACGGUGACUCCUUCCACCAAGUGCAAGCUCAGGCUCCUUAAGAUGGAGCGGAUCAAGGAUUACCUCUUGAUGGAGGAAGAGUUUGUGGCGAAUCAGGAGAGGCUGAAGCCUCAGGAGGAGAAGGCGGAGGAAGAUAGAUCUAAGGUCGAUGAUCUCCGCGGGACGCCGAUGAGCGUUGGGAACUUGGAGGAGUUGAUUGAUGAGAAUCACGCGAUUGUUUCGUCUUCCGUUGGGCCUGAGUAUUACGUUGGGAUCUUGUCUUUUGUUGAUAAAGAUCAGCUCGAGCCUGGGUGCUCGAUUUUGAUGCAUAAUAAGGUUCUCUCUGUUGUUGGGAUACUGCAAGAUGAAGUGGAUCCGAUGGUGUCUGUGAUGAAAGUGGAGAAGGCUCCUUUGGAGUCGUAUGCUGAUAUUGGUGGGUUAGAAGCUCAGAUUCAGGAGAUUAAGGAGGCUGUUGAGUUGCCUUUGACUCAUCCUGAGUUGUAUGAGGAUAUUGGGAUUAAGCCGCCUAAAGGUGUGAUUUUGUAUGGUGAGCCUGGAACUGGGAAGACUCUACUUGCUAAGGCGGUGGCCAACUCUACAUCAGCUACUUUCUUGAGAGUUGUUGGUAGUGAACUGAUUCAGAAGUAUUUGGGAGAUGGUCCCAAGCUUGUGAGGGAGCUUUUCAGAGUUGCUGAUGACCUUUCACCAUCAAUCGUCUUCAUUGACGAGAUUGAUGCUGUUGGUACCAAGCGGUAUGAUGCAAACUCAGGAGGAGAGCGUGAGAUCCAAAGAACUAUGUUGGAACUUCUGAACCAGCUUGAUGGAUUUGAUUCAAGAGGAGACGUAAAGGUCAUCCUUGCAACAAACAGAAUCGAGAGUCUUGACCCUGCACUUCUUCGACCUGGACGUAUUGAUAGAAAGAUCGAAUUCCCACUUCCAGAUAUCAAAACCAGAAGACGCAUCUUCCAGAUACACACAUCGAAGAUGACUCUGUCGGAAGAUGUAAACUUGGAAGAGUUUGUCAUGACAAAGGAUGAGUUCUCAGGAGCUGAUAUCAAAGCUAUUUGCACUGAAGCUGGUCUGCUUGCUCUCAGGGAGCGUCGUAUGAAGGUGACGCAUCCGGAUUUCAAGAAAGCAAAGGAGAAGGUUAUGUUCAAGAAGAAAGAAGGCGUCCCUGAAGGCCUUUACAUGUAAUCAUAUCAUCGUCGUCGUCUUUCCCUACUCUUUGCUUUAUGAUACAUUUGCUUCUACUUUUUUUGAACAACAUUUGCUUCUGCUUAGGAUCUAUGGAGUGUAUGUCAUCAGAUUUCCUUUAAAAUAACAAUUCGUUUUCAUUUACAUUUACGAUGAGUACUACUACUUUCACAAUAUCAG